AAUUAACCUCUCCCGGAGGGUUGAAUGAAGAGAGGGAAAUAGAGAAGCAGAGCGGGAAGGAGUAUCCUUCGCAACGAAGCCAGACACCAGAGACGGCACCAUGAAACGUAGUUUUCUGUUGUUCCUGUUAUCUUUGAAGUUUUGUCAGAAUCAGUAUGUCACGCCACAAUAUGCUGAGAUUCGAGCGGUCUCGGCAAUGUGCAGCAGCGAUGGAAUCACAGCUUCAAUCGAUUUCGACAAGCCAUUCACCGGCAAAAUAUAUUCUUUGAACUACGCCAAUUCAAAUGACUGCCUCUACUACAAUAAUAUCGAUCGGGACACUGUGCUUUUUUCAAUUCCAUCACAACUUUGUGGGACGAAGCUUCAGAGAACAACGCGAAAUAUGAUUGAUCAGAUGGAGAACCGAGUAUAUGUGCAGAUGGACAAAGACACACAAACGUCGGCGGAUAAGCAAUUCUCGUUUGUGUGCAGGUUGACGGACCCGAUGAAAAUGGCAGCAGCUAAAGACGAUGGGUUUGGAACAAAGGACUCUUAUCAGCAGGCUCCAAUAAAGCCGGUGGCGAGCAGUGUUAGCACAAAGAUGCAUUCAAGUCUGAUGCCUAUUAAGCCGUCCGAAGUCCGCCAAGUUUCCGCGUUCUCCCGCGACUCCCACCUUGGCAACUGGCCCAUCCCUGGCGCAAAGCCCUAUGAGCCAUCUAUGAAACCUGUCUCCACAUACCCAAUGGCUCCGAUUUUUGCUGAAACAAUACCCACUUCUCCAGCCAAGGAUCCUUCUGAGGGUUAUGUGACUAGGCCGAUUUCAACAGUGGGCCACCCCUCUCCACCUCCACUAUUCCCGAACAUUCCGGUGCCUCAGAGGUCUCCGCCGGUGGUGGCAAGGGUAUUCACAACCUCUACCAUGGCGCCUGUAAUGUUCACAUUUCCAACUACGACCACACCACUGAUGCCUUUGUUCCCUAUAAUCCCAAAUGUUCAUUUCAAACAAGGAGUUGGAGUUCCAUUUGCUCCUGGAACACUUCCCACGACUAAGGUUGACGCGUCAAAAUGGAAUGAUCCAAGUGCCUAUGCAACUGCUCCGAGUACGGUAGACUCUACGACACCAAAGACAUACAGAGAGCAGCCACCAACUGCAGAUGCUCCAUUCUCAUCGGAUAACUCAAAGGAGAUCCAUGAAACUUCUACGAUAGUAGCUAGCCCAGGAGUUCCCAGGCCUCAAGCUGAUCAGCCGAAGGAUAUCACAUCAGUACUUAAAACUACACAGGAGCAGCAAAUUGAGCCAGAAGUCACGUUGGAAAUCCAAAGAGGGGAAGGUCCAUUUGCACCGCCGGUAACGACUCCUAUUAAAAUCGGUGAUAAUAUAUCGUUGGUCGUCAAAGCGAAGAGCUAUUUGAAUGAAACCGACCAAUUCGAUAUGUUUGUGCACUCUUGUUUUGCGACCGACGGCAAAGGGGACACAAAAGUGCAAAUGAUCGAUGAGAAUGGAUGCGUCAUUCGUCUUGAAUUCGCCUCGCCUUUGCACCGAGCCAAGGACUCGGAGAACACAAUGUUCUACUACCUCCUGAUAAAAGCAUUCAAAUUCCCCGGACCCGAUGAUGUGUACUUCUCGUGUACAAUCGAGUUCACUCCGAAAACCAAGGCACCGAAUAUUUGUUCAAAGUUGAGGAGACGAAGAGAGAUUCUGGAGGAGGGAAUGACGGAGAUGAGGCUUUUCGACAGUGUUAAUGUGGAGUUGGAGAAUAGAGAUUCUAAUGUGAAAACUGAACAGCUCUCAACGUCCCCUGAAACCUGCUCCGAAGAAAAACAUCUCUACAUUGUGGUUAUUACUGUUCUUCUUGUCUCCGUAACAAUAUCACUUGUCUCCAACCUUUAUCAGUUUAUCAGAGCACAAUAUAAACGAUAGGUUCUUCAACUUUUCCCCCCUUUUCCCAACAUUUUGCGGGUAAUUCUCUUUCUAUGAACUCUUUCUUUUGUCAUUCCCAUUGCUUUUUGUUUCAAUAAAUCCCAUGAUAUCACUUU